GCGAGUCAGCAGCACUGGCCAGUCACAGUGAUGUCAGCCGUGUGUCUGUUCUCAGUUGCUGUCAGUCCAACUUUUUUGAUGUUAUUCGUUUCAUUAAGGUUGUUGUCGUUGUCGUUGCUCAAUUCCUAAAAAAAUAUCCUUUCUCUCGACCUCGAGGACGCUGCGUAUUUUAACCAUUCUACGAAAAUCAUGUAAAUAGCAACACCAAAAUGCCGGGACAGGAAGACAUGGAUCUUUGUACGGACAAAGUCCUCUCAAAGGGCAGAAUUCUUCAGGAAUUGACAAAAGCCAUCAAGCUGAUAUAUGCCCAAAGCCUUCAUGGCUCUGUUGUCUUGGACGGAGACUGCUGGUUAGUCUAUUGGCUAGAUCGUGCCCUUCGACAUGGGUUACGCAUUGAAAGGCAUGGAUAUUGGGGUACGGCGCGAGAACUGUCACACCAAGAUACUGUUGUAGUAAUACAUGCUUUGCAAAAUGUAUUAACAUCUAUUGGAAAAGGUCGAGCUUGGCUAUAUCACACUCUGAGUGAAGGAAGUUUCGAAAGUUACUUAGCGUGUCUUCUACGAGAUACUCCAAACUUGAAGAAACAGUAUUUUUCACAUGCUCUUGUCAGAGAUGCUGACAGAACCAAUCAGCUCAUUAAUCUCUUAGCUGGUCUAGAGAAUGUGUCUUUCACGCUACAAUUAGAUGUCACGUACUUGGACAUUUGCAACUAUAUGCCACAACGGCCAAUGAGCGGAUCUCCUCCUGGCACAGCUUUAUCGCUUCAUUUAAGAUCUUCUAGCAUUUCCUCUAGCCUCGCUUCUCCCGGAGACAGUGGAGUUGUUUUGGACAGUGACAUGGAUCUUUCAAACGAAACCGACGGCAGCAGUUACAAGGAUUCAUCAAUUGAAGAUAUUCCAAGUUACCGCAACAACAAAUAUAAAACAAUUCUGAUGAAUUGUGCGAAAGAUUUGAAAAGUAUGGAUCGUUCCUUUUCAUCAAGUGACUCGAGUGAAGAAGGAAAGACUCCAGUCCAGUCACCAGCAAUAAAGCCUAAUCAAAAUAAUAUGGUGACAAAAAGCGACAUUGUCAAUCAAAAUCUCACGUAUAAGCUCGACGAUAAUGAAUUGAAUUCCUCCAGUUUGGACACCUUGAAAGAUUAUCCUUACUACAGCAAAAGUCUCGAGUCAAAGUUCGACCGGGUCAACAAUGAUUUGGACAAUGUUGGCAAUGAUAUCAAUAAAAGAUACAGCUACUAUGCCGAUAGUGGCUACAGUUUCAAGAAAAAUAUUGAGAGCCGCAAUUCCUACGUCAUUAAUAAUGACACGAAUUUACUAGAAUUGAGCAUGACAAUCUCGGAUUGUGAUAGCACCGAAGCUCCCUACAGUAUUCUCAAUACCAUCAAUAUGGUCGACACCGGUAUUCUCUCAUCCUCCAGUUCUGAAGCUGUCGUACAGCGACGACAGCGUAAGAAAAAACGAGGCGAGGGCAAGAAACGUGUCAGCUUUCACGAGGAUAUUUUCAAAAUGAUGAAGCUGGAUGACGAAGAAAAUGAUAACGAUUUUUCCAUGAGUUUUCGUUCGUCAAAUUCGGUGCAGAAGAGGGAUGUGCAGAGAGGAAGGUACAGCUGGUGCGGAAAUGGUGAUUCACCUUAUGUUGAGAAGACAGGCGACACGCGGAAUGCUUACUCGGAUUAUUACUCUUCUUGCUCUUUAUUGAGCACAUUUGACAGCGAGAAUGAUAAAAGGCAGGCACCGAAAUUGUGCAAUCAUCCACUUUGUCAGAAGAAUUUCAAGUGUACGUGUCUCUCGAUAUCAGAGCGUGGAGUGCCCGAAGGUCAAGAAGAUCCUCAAAUAAACUCGAGACCGAAAAUGGAGAUUGAGCUGAAAGAUAACGAGGCGCAAGAAGCAUACAUCGUUGAGAAGGAGUGCUUUCAUAUUGUCGAAGAUCCGCCGGUCAAGCUUGAAAUGCCCGGGUUAUCGAGUUCGAAAAAAUCGAUCGCCUCUAGUGAUUGGUCAGAUGCAGAUAGUGUCACGACCUGUGAUUCUGAAGAGCGAAAGAGCAAUCGACACUUGGCAUCACCUUUGAAGAAGCGAAAUAUGACAGCCAUCCUGUCUGGGGAAAAUAGUAAAUUGUUGGUUCCACCCCCCUUACGUCAAGCGCCAUCCAAGACUUCUCUCUUGAACAGGUUUCUUCGUUCAAUUACCGAACGCAAAUUCGAAAAUAAGAAGACCAAGAAACCGAAAUUUAAUUCACUUUAUAUCAAAUGUGACAAACUGGAUAAUGAUUCUUUUAAAGAAUUUAACGAUUCUCUUGAAAAAGAAAUUAAAGAGAGCGUGGAGGUGGGCCGAGAGAAUUCGAGUGGUGAGAAGAUCAGUUUUAAACUGAAAGAGGUUUUCAAACGUAGCAUCUACAGAGACAAAACAGAGGAAUUGUAUAAGGUUUAUAAAGUUCGAAGCUCGUACAUGACCAAUGGUGAGAGUAAACCUAUGUUGGCUCUCUUGACGGACAAAACUCUUUAUUUGACCAGCUCCAAGACGGAUCACUCAUACAGGAAUCAGUUUGUUAUUCCUUAUAACGAACUCGAUGUUAUAAUGAUUGGGCCUAACGCACAAACUAUAUUAAUAUCCAAUGCUGAUUAUGAAAUGCAAUACUUAUUUUCAACCGGCAAUGCCGAAACUACCUCAGAACUUAUCGCUCAUUUGGAAAUGGCUAUGAGAAGAUCACCGUCGAAACCAAGAUUGCCAGCUGUUAAAGAACUAAACUACGACGACAUGCAAACCCUCAGACAUUCUAUUUUAGCUGAAACCGCGGUUCACCCUGAUGAAAAAAUCGAAUAUUAUAGUAUCAUAUACAUGGAAGACGAACACAUAUCACCUCCAAGUACACCUUGCGGCCCGAUAAAGGAAGGAGAUCUAAUGUUUCGUCCUCACACUUAUCAGUCCCAGCAUCCCAAUGCGCCGAUAAAUUCGUGGGAAGCCGGAUAUUUUGUUUUGAAGGGUGGCAUUGUUUACAUGUUUACCGAUUCUAGUCAGCGACUUCCGAAGCGCGCUAUUCCGCUGAAGGGUGGUCUCUGCCAAGGAUGCCGAAGAAUUCCCAACUCUCAUCGACCACACACCUUUGAAAUUCUUCUCCAGUCGAACAAGUCCUUUCAGUUUGCUGCGCCGGACGAAUAUGUUGCCUCGGAGUGGCUGCAGAGUUUCGUUCAGAGCGCGUCUGGAUUGUUUGAAUCUACUGAACGAAGGAAGAAUCCGCUUCCGUGCAGUUUGAUUGCAACCUCGAAACAUUUGGUUGCGAUGAACGAAGUUUUCCCCGGAACUCAGAGAGGCCAGACACUUUCUUGUGCAUCUAUUGAGGAUCUGACUGCAUUUAGAGUGCCUUCGACACAGCAGUCAUGGUGCGUUUUGGAAUUCGCGUGUCGAGAAGUUCAUGAAAGUAGUGGAGAUUGGGUAGUGCACUUCACUAACUACUCGGAACUCUGUACUUUUAGACGAAUCUUAGAAAUCCUAUGGGACGACGUUCAUGAGGAGGACUUUCCGUUGAUAACGUUGCAACCUGAAGAUAAGCUUCAUAAGCGAUGCAUGAUCAUCAGCAGAGACCUAGAAAAUGCCUGGCAAUAUUUAUUACCUGUAGCACCUGAAUAGUGGUUAUGAUGGCCCUUUACUAUUCCUAUUACGUAUCGAUAAAUGCAAGCUACUUAUUCUAAAGAAAGGAAAAAAAGAUGCAAUUGCCGUUAUCUUGCAAGCUUUUAAAAAGUCGUUUAAAUCAAAAGACACCACAUGUGAAUAAUUUGAGCAGACGUGAAAUGAGCAAACUUCUUGGAUUCACCGAAUGUAAAACAUUAACGUUUAUUGAAAAAUACAGUUCGACGAAACUUUGCUAUACUUGCAAAUGCAAUUCUUUGCUAAUUACACAUUCAGUAAUGAAAAAAAAAACUGUAAUAUAUCUGCAGUUGCAACUAAUGUAUUAAUCACGUGAGUGUCUAUAACUCUAUAAAAUUAUGCGCAUUUACCAAAGAAAAUACUAAUGACUAAACUUAAAGGUACGACCUAUUGAAUUAUCAUUUACUUUAUUCAUUUCGAAAAUUAGUUUUCUAUGGAAUGGUAGGUUUGGCCUGAACCUUUCCCAAAAACGUUUCCGUUAAAACAUGACAUAUAAUUUUUUUGGCAAUAUAUUUUUUGAAAAGUAACUCUAAUAGAUGACGCACAGCUAUAUCUAUUGAUGAGCUUAAAUUUUGCUCAUCAUUUCAAUUAUUGUUUAUUUGUAACAACUAUGUUAAGCGUUAUUGUAUUAUAUUAACUCGUGGUGCUUCGUUAAUUUAUGUUUAAGAUUUGCAUAAUAUGAUUAACUAAAUGUCUUUAAUUUAAGAAAGUACGCUUAAAGUGAAUGAAUUUGUUUGAGAGAAUUUGAAUCUCGUGAAAAAAUGAUUAUAAAUUAAUUACUUUAGUACUUUAUAAGAUAUAUUUUCUCUCAUCUUAAAAGUAUGCAAUCCAAGAGCUUUUUUUUAAGCAUUAGAAUAAUUAUUUUGUAUUUGUAAAAACAGCUGAUUAAUUUAAUUUUUAAGUUUUGCGAUUAAUUAAUGAAGGUGUAAACCGAGGAUAUCGCAGAGUGCAUACUCUGAAACAUUGCUACAUAAUGCGUAUAUCUUUUGUGGUUAAAAUGAAUUGUGAUAGGAAUAAUAGAAUUAAAAAAAAACUCGUAAAUUAUCGUCACACUCAGUUAUAGACUGUAAAAUAAUUUUUAUGAUUUAAAUUACGUUGAGGUUCCGAGAUUAUUGUAGAUUUUUUGUUUUUGUGCGCGAUUUGCACAAGGUUUUCGAACGACAUUUUGUACUGUUAGAAGGUGCAGACUUGAGCGCUGCCUUUGUACUUAUCGCGCAUUGUAAUCAAUUCAUCAAGUGUAAUACUCAGGCGCAAUAAAAUUACUUAAAUCAA